AUGGACAGCAUGGACGGUGCGGCCGCUUGGCUCCGCUUCUGGAAUCAGGCCGAUCGCUCAGUGCGAGACGCAUCCACCCGGCUCGACGUGUUGCUUACAGGUCCUGAACCUCUCUUGAAUGCUGCUCAUCGAAUGGACGACCUCAUACAGCAGACCAUCAAGCAGGGAGUGGGUGACCACGGCCGCCAAAGCCUCAUACGUCUCCUUGCUCAAAGCUUGUUUUUCGAACUUACAUCUGCCCCACAUAGUGAGAAUGAUGGAGCAUCAUAUACAUGUACAGGUUCAAUCCGAUGUCGUGUUCCUGGGCAAACAUUUCUUGGUGCUCUCCGCCGCUUGGAUACCUCGCGAAAGGAGUAUGUCCUUGGCAGCCGGCCCUUGGGCAUUAGUGUGACCGAAGGCUCGAUUUGCCCAGGGUGUAGCCGCUACUGCGUACCGGUGCGCUUUUCAGUUUCGAAUAUGGACGAUAAGAUCGCACUCUCGAUUCGACUGGCAGACGGACAGCGGUACUCCAUUGGAGGUUUUCCCCACCCAGUGCGGUGGUUCAUGCACCGCCAGGGACUCACCCCCAUGUAUGGCUUUGCCGGCGACGGUGUCAAUACUCGAGAUGAUUGUCAGACUUGCACCAAACGGAUCCUUCGGCGCCAUGGGCUCCGGAUUACACAGCUGCAGGCUCGCAGAAAGUUGCGUAUUGCUCAUGCAAUCCAACACGCUACCUAA